AUGUCCAGCAGCAUGGAUGGGACCCGUUCCACGUGGCGCGGUGUGCAGUUUUUUGUUGAUGUGGAUGUGCUGCUGACCUUCCGCACUGUGACGUUGUCCGAUCUGGAGGGACAGCCGGGACAGCCCCAGCGGCGCAUUGCAGUGGUUGAUGGCAAGGCCGUUUCUGUGGUAUCGUACCCCGCCGCAUCCUUUUUUUUGAAGACACUGAGGGCCACCGGCAAUUCCGUAGUUUUGGUUACUCCCUGGAAGACAGAGAAAACGGCGUCUCUUUUGCGUUUGUUUGGAUGGGACGCAUUUGAUGAAAUAAGAACCAUCCUCCGGGAACCCGGACACGAGAAUUUUCGUUUGUCCUGCCUGAACUGCACUCUUGAGGAGUACCCUUUUUCCGUGGUUGUGACGACGUCACGGGCGGCGUGGCAUACGGCGGUGUGGUCUCAGGUUGUGGAGGUGCGGCACGAGACGAAUUACCCCUGCCAAUCUCUCGCUCUUUUAAGAGCUCUUUCCUGUUGCCUGCGUAUUGCCGAGUGCCGCGUUCGCUUUCCGCACACUGCCGUUUCGUCCUGCAUCUCUUUUUCUCGGGCACGGCUAUUUUCCCAAUACCGUUUUUAUCUAUCGCCGGAGGUUACAGACCCAUCGUCGGUUGUGAUGAUGAUCAAUGAACAUGGUGGAUAUUUAGUUAGUAAAUACGAGGAUGCGACGCAUUACGUUAUUGAGGAGGGGGAAAACUCAUUUUCCUGCACUCUACAGAAGCCCAGAUUGUCCCGCGAAGACGGGGAAAGAAGUUCAUCUUUGUCUUCCUCCGACUCCGAAGGUUCCGAUUCUUCUUCAGCUGCCUUAAUUGACGUUGAGAGGGAAAGCAGCGUCUCUCUGAACAGUGACUCUGGCGAGGAAGACAACGGUGGGGCCUCGGGGGAAUUCAAGAAUUUUGGUGUCAAUGAGGAGCAAGAAAAAAAGACUAUUCAUGUCGCGAUGCUGCCACCUGUGACGACAAAUGAAUCCAUGACAGCGACGGAAUUUUCAACUGACUCAGUGAACUCAUCCCUCAUUUUACCUGUUGUGAAUGGAUGCCACGAGACAGAAGAACAUGAUUGGACAACAUGGACAACGCCAUCGACGUCAGCCAAGACGACGACAGCAAUCACGGUUACUGUCCUAUGGCUGCAAGAUUGUAUAGAUGGGCUUCUGGUGUACCCACCGCAGGUGGCUCAUUCCAGUAAUGACAACUCACAGUGGAACAUUUCUGCAUUAUUAUUAGCGGCACUUAUUCCUCCUUCAGAUGUAGAGCCGAUUUCUUUGUCUUGCUUAAAUAACAUUGCAGAGGACUACGGAUUUCGGCCACUGCAACUAUCUCAAAUGGGAGGCGAGGUGAAUUUGGCCACCGUACUCCAGAAACAAUGGGGUUCUGUGCUGCAUGUGGAGAUGAGGGGAGGGGAGCUGUUUUUGCGGCAGCCCUCAAUUCCUCCAAAUGAGGCUGGACAAGAAAUGGAACGGCAUUUGGCAUUUAUCGCCGAGCAGUUUUGCGAUGCAUGGACUAAUGCAAUUCGAAAUAACCGGCUUCGUAACAUGACCGACUCUGGUACACAAACAGCUGCAGUCCUCAUGGCUACAUCUGGGGCGAAUACAGACGUUGUAUUGCUUAACUCAGAAGGAGCCACGGUGGAUCCGUCACCACAAGGUAGACUACUUCUAAUGCAUGCGCUGGGCCCCGCCGAGUGGGCGAAGGAAGUUGACGCGUCCCACAUGACAUACAAUGCGAUCCGAGUAACAGAGGAGUCUGUGUCGUUGGAGCCUUCCUCCUCUUUAGCAUUGGUAAAUGAGCCGCCCACAGGGUACGAAUCCCCACCGGAAGUAAAAGAGGUCCAGGCUAUCAGCGACGAAAAGGCACCAGCCAGGUUUGCCCAGCGAGGUGUGGAGGCCGAGAAGGGACAACCGGUGGUUGAUCUCGCGAAACCACCACCGGGCGGUGAAAGAGAAUUUGUAAAGUGCUUUAUACCAAGCGAUGGUCUUGGGGACGAGCGGGAAACGCUGGACAAGGAUGUCUUGUUGCGCCAACCGCCGUUUCGGAAUUAUCCCAUGAAACUUACAGUUGACCAACAAGGCAUUCACUGUCUUUUUGUCACUACGUUUGAUGCGAAAAGGUUUUACCAGGAGGGCUAUGCAGAGGUACGGAAUCGCUUUCUGCCUAUUUUGCCCGAGUACGCGGAAGAGAUCUCUUCGACAGUUGGCACCCGAAAGCGGCGUCGUAGUCGUUCGCCGGUCACUAAGCGUUCUGCCAGCAACACGUCCAGGGGUAACCGUAAAGAUGCCUUUUCAUCUAACCGUGACUCCCAGUCGUUCCGGGGUGCUCCAGGCAUGGAAAAAAAUGUGGACACCGGAGGCAGUACUGAGUUGUCGAAGAGCGACCUCGAACUUUUAGGUGAAAUUGGGGCAACGUUUGAUUUUGCCUGUCAGCAUGUGGACGUGGUUGAGCGGUACGCCCUUAACGAGCUAUCAGACCCGGUGUUUCGCAAGCAACAACAUCAGUUGCUGCGUGUAGUAGUUAAACUCAAAAGGAUUAUAAAAAGAGGUAACUGA